AUGUCAUUAAAGUGGACCCUCCUGUUGUUUGACCAUGAUGGCUUUACUACUGUUUGUGAGACUAAAAAGUUGAAAAAGUUAGAUGGUUCCAACAUAAGUGAUGUCAACCUUGUCAGCAAAGCAGACCAAGUAAAAUGUGUCUUUGGAAAGGGUGUUUUUCUUGCUGAAGUGUUAGAGUUAGCAGAUACUAAAUCAGUGCUGAAUAAUUUUGAAAGCAACUGGUUGAAUUCUCACAGAGCCAUUUCCAUUCAAAAAGAACAAGACAUAAGACAUGAUUCCAAUCAGAACUUGUACGGUGGUUAUCUAAAGAUCUGGCCUGAAGAAACUGACAACACUACUGAACAAAUACCAGUUGUAAGACCUGAAGAGCCAGCAGCUGCAAGUCAUGAAGCAGAUUCAGACAAUGAAGAUACUAGACCAACUAAAAUUAGACGGUUAUCUCCAAAAACAAAAGAGGGCACAAAUGGAAGAAAAAUAACGGUUUUGUACCAAGGAAGUGGUGAAACACCUGGUGAAGUUAUUGAACCAAAGAGAAAACCAUGUUUCACUGAAGACUUGACAGUCGACCAAACAGAUAUAUUAACAAACCAAGUAGAAAGUAAAAGUCAUACAUCUGCAUUUAUACAAACAGAGGAUGUUCUGCUCUUUACCAACACACAGGAAUUUCUUUCUUACUAUUCACAAGCCAUGAAAGAACAACCAAAAUCUAACACCACAACACCAGAAAUACCAUCUGACUCCAAUAAACAUGAUAAACUGUAUGCAACCACCCCGACACAGACACAACCUUCUGUCAUUUUUAGUCAGCUCAGGAAAGGAAGCCAUGAAAUGUCUACACAGACCACAGACAUGCCAGAGUCAACACCUAUAAAUUGCACCAUUGAAAAAAAGUUAGAAGAACUGUUAAACACACAAAACGCCAUACUCCAAAUACUAAGAAGACAGAAUGAUGGAAAUAUCAGCGAUAUUCUCAACCUAACAAACAGCAUACCUGAUCUAUUAGAUAACAAUGAGCCAGAUCAACAAAGUAUAAUUAAGUACAUUAUUAAGUACCCAUCAUCUGAAGAGGCAAAACAGCAAACAGAGUCAAUUGAUCGGCCAGCAGUCUCGAGUGACAUAUUAUCUCCGCCAGCUCUAGAAGCGCUAUCAUCAGAUGAAGAAACAUCUAUGCCCACCUUUACUAGACCUAGACAGAUUGCCAAACAAUCAACACAACCAACAACCUUUAGAUCCGAUGAUGUUUUGUCUUCUACGUUACAAGCCAUACAAUCUUUAGCCAGUCAAACUGUUGCACCAACUACACUUAUUACAACACAAUCCAUGCAACCAUCAGCAUCAGAAACUGUUGUAUCAACAGACAUAUCUCCUACCACAGUCUCAAUUAGCCAGAUGCAGUCUUUAACAGGAACAUCAUCAUUAACACCACUUCCUACAACCAUACUGCCACUUGUUGAAACAUCACCAAUUUCAAUUUCGAACUUGUCUAACAGUAGACCUAGCAAAGAGGUAUCAUGGCGUAAAACAAAGACAAUUACCCAAUGUUUUAGUGGAGCACUGUUAGAAGUUGUAAGUCCAGCUGAUUUGCUACUUGCUCUUGCAGACACAGAGGUUCGGAUUAAACCUGACAAAGUGCGCACAGUAAUGAGUGACUCUGUAUCACCGAGGAACUUUGGUUGGAACCUUGUGAAGAUGCUUUUUUCACCACAAGAAAUUAUUGGCAGAAACUUCUGGGGUAACAAAGGAAAAAUCCCAUUGUCACCAAGACGUCGCCAUGCCAUAGAACAUGCCAUUAUUGACACUUAUGGUCAAGAGAAUCUUCAAACCUGCAUAACAGGUAUAAACACUGGAAUCCGUAACUUCCGUUCAGAACGAUAGUGUUACAUGUUAACAAAAUUGUGAGAUUGAACAUGUUAAUUUGAAGUGACUGUGAUUUACAAUUGAAUGUAAUGAGUGUAUAUAUAUAUAUAGAGAGAGAUGUGUUUAUUACUAUUUUGUGAAAUUUGUAUUUUAAUGAAAGUAAAUCUGAUAAUGCUAGCAAUAUGAACAAGAUUAUUUUUGAUGAGGUUUUAAUUUGUUUUGUUUGUCUAAACGUGAUAUAAAAGCAUGUUGAAGUGACCAAGGUGACUGUGAUUUAUAAACGAGUGUAAUGAAUGUAUAUACCAUGUAUCAUGUGUAUAUAGAGAUGUGUUUAUUAAUAUUUUGUGAAAUUGUUGGUAUUUUAAUGAAGUACAUUAACACAAUGUAACAUGAUUAAGUAAAUCAGAUAAUGCUAUCAAUAUGCACUAAAUUCUUUUUGAUGAAUGUUUUAAUUUAUUUUGUUUGUCUAAAAGUGAUAUAAAUUAUUAGAUACAUGUAUAUAUGACUACAAAUAAAUUAUUUUUAACUUA